GAGCUGAUGAUUUGAAAGUGGCGGGUUUGGACGAGGGAAACCGCUGCAGCGAAGAACAGAAAAUAUCAGCACUGUAGUUACUAAACUCGGUGACAACAGACUAGAGUAUGUAGUGUUGUUAUGAAGAGUGAAUAACGUCUGUUUUAACGGUAUUAGGAGGCUGUUUUAUAUAUCGCCGAACUCCUGAAGACAACGAGCUAACGGUGUAAUCUUCACCGAGGAGAGGAGAGAGGAUCCGGCCCGCUGAUAACGCCUGAUUCCCGCAAGCAUGACUAAGGAGGAUGACAAAGUGAUUCCAGUCAGGGUGGCUCUUCGAUGCCGUCCACUGGUUCCCAAAGAAAUAAAUGAGGGAUGUCAGUGCUGCCUCACAUUUGUACCUGGAGAGCCACAGGUGGUGGUAGGCAGUGACAAAGCCUUUACAUAUGACUAUGUAUUCGACCCCACAACAGAACAGGAGGAGGUGUUUAACAUGGCCGUUUCGCCUUUGCUGUCUGGGCUCUUCAAAGGUUAUAAUGCCACUGUGCUGGCUUAUGGCCAGACAGGCUCUGGUAAGACAUUCUCCAUGGGUGGCACCUACACUUCUGCACAAGAGAAUGAGCCAACGGUUGGGGUCAUUCCCAGAGUGGUCAGAAAAAUCUUUCAGGAGAAAUCCAAGAGGAUGGAUAGUGAAUUCUUACUUAAUGUUUCUUAUCUUGAGAUUUACAAUGAAGAAAUAUUGGACCUUCUGUGUACGUCAAAGGAUAAACCAGUUCUUAGCAUUAGGGAAGACCCAAAGGAGGGAAUCAAAAUUGUAGGGCUCACGGAAAAGGCGGUGUUAACAGCUCAGGAGAUGGUGGGCUGUCUGGAGGUGGGGAACUCUGCCCGCACAGUAGGCUCCACGGCCAUGAACGCAGCCUCCUCCCGUUCUCAUGCCAUUUUCACUAUCAGCCUGGAACAGCGCCGGGGAAGUGAAAAGAGCGACGCAGUAGUCUCUAAACUUCAUUUGGUAGAUCUCGCUGGAUCUGAGCGUCAAAAGAAAACAAAGGCAGAAGGAGAUCGACUCAAAGAGGGUAUCAGUAUCAAUAGAGGCCUGCUGUCUCUGGGAAAUGUGAUCAGUGCCCUUGGUGAUGAGAGCAAGAAGGGAUCAUUUGUUCCUUACAGAGAUUCUAAGUUGACCCGUCUGCUGCAGGACUCCUUGGGAGGGAACAGUCACACCUUAAUGAUUGCCUGCAUCAGUCCUGCGGACUCCAACAUUGAGGAAACUAUCAACACAUUGCGCUAUGCAGACCGUGCCCGUAAAAUCAAAAACAAGCCUGUUCUCAACAUUGAUCCACAAGCUGCCGAGAUGAAACGGCUCAAGCAGCAGGUUCAGGAGCUUCAGGUGAUGUUGCUGCAUGCUCGUGGAGGAGUAGCUCCUGUGCUCUCAGGGGCUGAACCAGCUGAGAACGUAUCUAAGAUACUGGAGAAAAACCGCAGCCUGCAGGAGGAGAACACCAAGCUGAGUCGAGAGCUGGGCGAGGCUGUAGGACAGACUGCCAUGAUGUUUGAAAGGAUCAUUAUGACUGAACAAGCCAAUGAGAAACUUCAGGGCAAGCUUGAAGAGCUGAGGGCACAUGCUGCGUGUAAAGUGGAUCUGCAAAAGGUAGUAGAAACCCUUGAAGAUCAAGAACUGAAGGAGAACGUUGAGGUUAUCCGCAAUCUUCAGCACAUCAUCUUGGAGUUACAAAAUGAGGGUGCAGGGAUCGCAGCAACCAUAGACGCCAUGACCUCAGGCAAUUCCACAUCUCUGGACGUUGAAGGUGAAGGGGAUGGUGCAGAGCCUGGCAGUGCAGCCACUGGCUCACCUGUGGGUGGCAGUGGUGAUGCACAAAUGAAAGAAUCCCCUGAGGCCUAUACUACCCAGCAUGCUCUGCGGCAGGCUCAGCUGUCCAAGGAGCUGAUUGAGCUGAAUAAGGUCCUAGCGCUGAAGGAGGCCUUUGUCAAGAAAAUGUGCCAGAAUGAUAGUCAGUUGGAACCCAUUCAAACUGAACAUCAGGAAAAUAUCAAAAGCUUGCAGUCUGCAGUUGGAUCCCUGCAGAAAGAGAAGGAAGAGCUGAUCCUGGCCCUGCACUCUGCCAAGAAAGACACCAAUCAGGCAAAACUGAGUGAACAGCGCAGGAAACGAUUACAGGAGUUGGAGGGACAGAUCACAGACCUGAAGAAGAAGCUGCAGGACCAAUCCAAGCUGCUCAAGCUUAAAGAAUCCUCUGUGCGCAGUGUAGCCAAACUUAACCAGGAGAUUCAGGCUAUGAAGGCCCAGCGGGUCCAACUCAUGAGGCAGAUGAAGGAAGACUCUGAAAAGUUCCGUCUGUGGAAGCAGAAAAAAGACAAGGAGGUCAUGCAGCUUAAAGAAAAGGAUCGUAAAAGGCAAUAUGAAAUGUUGAAGCUGGAAAGAGAUUUCCAAAAACAGGCAAAUGUGCUGCGCCGCAAAACAGAGGAGGCUGCUGCAGCCAACAAGCGUUUGAAGGAUGCCCUUCAGAAGAGAAGUGAAGUUGCUGAGAAACGCAAAGAUGUCCAAAGCCGUGGCAUGGAGGGAGUGGCAAGCAGAGUUAAGGCAUGGCUCUUGAAUGAGGUGGAGGUGCUUGUGAGCACAGAGGAGGCCCGUCGGCAUUUGCAGGACCUGCUUGAGGAUAGGAAGAUCCUUGCUGAGGAAAUCUCACAGCUCCGCCAGCAGAUGGAUUCUGGAGAGAGACCUGUGGCUAAAGUCAGGCGCCGCACUUUGACCAUCUCUGAACUAGAGGGUAAGGGGGAUCUGGAAGCUUCCAUCAGUAAACAAGUGGAGAACCUGGAAACUGAGAUGGGACUCAGGAGUGCUCAGAUAGCUGACCUGCAGCAGAAAGUUCUGGAUGCUGAUAAUGAGGGACGCAUGAAACAGCGCUGGGACUCCAUUACUACCAUUGUGGAGGCAAAGAGUGCCUUGAAAAUCCUCAUGUCUGAGGUUAUAGCUUCCAAGACAGCAAAUGCCAAGUUGGAGAGUGAACUGAAACAGGAGCAGGCCAACCACAUAGACCUCCAGAAGGUGCUGUUUGAUGAGAGAAGGCUCAUGUCCACCAUGGAAAUGGAGCACCAGAGCCACCUUGUGGAGCUGGAGCAGAGGCACCAGGAGAAGGUGCUGUAUCUCCUCAGCCAAAUCCAGAACAAGCCUGUAGCAGAGGAGAAGAAAAAAGAUGAACAGGAGAUUCCUAAGAGGGAGCGGGAGCUCCUACAACGCUUGAAAUUCCAGGAAGAAGAACUUGAGAAGAUGCGGGAGCUCACAGAGCAAAACCAGAAACUCAAGGACGAGAAUGAGCAAUACAAGCAGAAGUUACUCCUGGCUCAGCUGACUAGUGCAAAGAAAGUCGUUCCAGCUGUGACCGAGUCUCCAGACACAUCAUUUGAAUACGUCCCUCCUAAGCCCAAGGCCAAAAGUUACUCCACAGCUCGGGCACCUCUGCAAGAGCCUGUUAUUGAACUAGAUGAUCUGGUAUCCCCAUCUGAGUCUGAGAAGGAAGAGGAUGAGUGGCGCCCGGAAAAGGGGAAAACUCGCAAAGGCUCCAGGAAGUCAAAAGUGACUGGGUGUGCAUGUAAAGGACGCUGCAUCAAUAAAAUGUGCCGCUGCCGGAAGGGAAGAAUGACCUGUGGUGAGAACUGUCUGUGUGACCAUGAGAAGUGCCGCAACAUGGAGAACCGUAUGGAUAUGAAUGACAUUAAUGCAUCGAAAGACUCCAUGUCUAUUCCUGAAGACCCCACAGCUGUAAGCCCUCGUGAUGCCACGUUUUUCAGGCCUCCCUGUGUUCCACCAACCAAAAAUGAAAUUGGAGACAUGGGCCAGCUCUCUUCAGGUUUGAAGCUCGAGAAGAAGCCCGUCCUUGCUGAACUUGACAGUGACAGUGAGGAAUCUGAAGAGCAGAGCAUGCCAAGCUUCCUGAGGAAGAACAAACGAGGACUGAACAAUUUUAAGAACAGCUUCUUCUCUGGCUGUACUCCCGUUCGUGAAGAAUCCUGAGACAGGUGCUUCUAUCUGGUAGCUGUUUUGUUUGUCUAACUUUAUUUGUCUUUCACCUCUUAUGUCAAACUGUCUUUUUAGUAUAGCUCUUUAACUGUUUAUGUUGUGUAUGUUGAAAGAUUGGUUAUGUGGAUUAAAUCCAAUACAACCGUACUGUGGCAAAUGAUGGUUGCUAAUGCACUACUGAUUUGAUAAAAAAUAGAUCAUAGAAUCUUUUAUGAACUUUUAACAGUAUGGUAGCAGACCAUCAAGAAUUUUUAGCUGCUUUUUUUUUUUUUUAUCUUUUUUGCUACAAUUUCUGUAAAAAGUAACUUCAAUAAAUUGAUGAAUUAUG